CUCUUUGUGACACUCUACGCUGGAAGAGGAAAACAAAGGAAUCACAAAGCAUACAGACUUUAAAAAGUGACAUGGAAAGAGGUUCAGACUCAGGUCCUCUCAGUAUCCAUGCCACCUGGGUCCAGAUGGAAUCCUCUACAGCCUUUGAGAAUACCACCUUUUAUGAUUAUGAUGAUGAUAGGAGUUCUCUGUGUGAGAAUGCCAUUCACUUUGCUGAAUUCUCCAUAGUUGUCCUGUACUCUCUGGUAUUUCUCCUCAGCCUGGUGGGCAACAGCCUGGUUUUGUGGGUCUUGGUGAAGUAUGAGAAUCUAGAGUCACUCACCAAUAUCUUCAUCCUUAACCUGUGUCUCUCAGACCUGAUGUUUUCCUGCCUGCUGCCUGUGUGGAUCUCAGAACAACUUUGGGGUUUGUGGCUAGGUGACUUCCUCUGCAAGCUCCUCAACCUGAUCUUCAACAUCAGCCUCUACAGCAGCAUACUCAUCCUCACCAUCAUGACCAUCCACCGCUACCUGUCUGUAGUGAGCCCCAUCUCUACUCUGGGUAUCCAUACCGUCCGCUACCGUAUGCUGGUGAUCACAUCUGUGUGGGCAGCCAGCAUCCUGUCCUCCAUCCCUGAAGCUAUCUCCCGCAAAGAUAUUUCCAAAUCAUGUCAGUAUUCUGAACUUAAUGGGUUCGUGGCCUCAGUCUACCAGCACAACAUCAUCUUCCUCCUUUCCAUGGGUAUCAUCCUGUUCUGUUAUAUACAGAUUCUCAGAACCUUGUUUCGUUCAAGGUCCAGACAGAGGCACCGGACAGUCAGGCUCAUCUUCACCAUUGUAGUAGCAUACUUCCUCAGCUGGGCUCCCUACAACCUCAUCCUCUUUCUGCAGACACUACUGAAAACUAAAGUCAUCCAGGAGAACUGUGAGAUCAGCCAGCAGCUGGUCAUUGCUAUUCCCAUCUGUCGCAGCUUGGCCUUCUCCCACUGCUGCUUCAACCCAGUGCUUUAUGUCUUUGUUGGGGUCAAGUUCCGAAGCCACCUAAAAAGUCUUCUCCGGCAGGUAUGGUUGUGCCGGCAGAAGACACCCAGCCUUGUCCCAUCCCCCUAUUCCCCUGGUAUCUUUACAUAUGAGGGCCCAUCUUUCUACUGAGAGGAGAGGAUGGGCACAUGGAGGUGACUAUGGAAGUUGGAGUAAGGCAAGGAAAAGUGGAUCAGGAACAAGAACUGCAGAAAACGCAACAGUGGAGAUGCCAGGGGCAUGGAGGAAAGACAUGACACCCGUGAGAAAGUGGCUUCUAGCUGGGCAAUCAAAAGCAACACUUCCUGGACGUGGUUCAUCAUUCAUUCCCUUACUUAGACAUAGAUUGCAUAUCGGUGAUUGGUUAGAAGAUCCUAAAUGGAAAAAUUUCCAGACUUUGGGAGGGCUUGGAGUUCAAAGUAUGUGCAAAUUGUGCAAUGAGUUUACUGGCACAUAGGGUUGUCCUAAAUGAUUUCUUUUUCCUUUUGGUUGUGGCUGAUUCUGUGCUUCUUAGCAGCUACUGAAGAAAACUUUGGGACAAGAAUAAUAAUAUCCUCAAAUAAGAACAGUCAUGAUGAAGUCUAGACCGUAAAAUCCCACUAAACUGAAGAUAGUUCUGUAUUCUGGAAACAGCUGCUAACACAUAAACUAGCUUUUAAAUAUUUAGCCCAUAAUUGAAGAAAUGAAUGCAAUAUGUGUUACUCUCUGCAUCAAGUAACUAUUUGGACAAUACAAAGAUGAAUAAGAUAUUGUUGCUAACUUCCAGGUGACACCAUCCAUCCAUGAAGGUCCAGAUAAGCAAAGUCCACUUUACAAGGGCAUGCAGGUUGAAGAUUCCUCUAUCAUCUCAUCUCUUCCAGAUUGAGAGAAAGACAGACAACUUCUUGCCAUUUGCAUGAUAAUGCCAGCUUUCCCCUUUUAACCAUUUUCCAAAGUUGAUUUCUCCUCAAGUACUCCAUUCCCUUUCUCUAAGCUCCCAGAGUCAGAUCCUGUGGAUUCUGCCUUUCCAGCAGCUCUCUAACUUAUUCUCAUGAUCACACACCCAUGACUUCAUCUCUAUAAUGGUCAUUAUUUCAGUAUUUUCCUUUUCCUCCUCCUCCUCCUCCUCCUCCUCCUCCUCCUCCUCCUCCUCCUCCUCUUCCUCCUCCUUCUUCUUGUUCUUCUUCUCUGUUCCAUCUUUCUCCUCUAGGAAGCUUCCUGCUUGGGAUUUUUCUUUGGUUUACAACUUCUCUGCCUGGAGUUUUUCUUUGAAGCUUUAAUAAAAUUGUCCUUAAGCUUCCUUCUGAGUCACUUCUUAAAUUCUUUUAUUAAAAGAAUUUUAAUAAAAAUUAAGAACCCCAAGAGAGGACCCAGAUUUCCCUGGUAGUAUAAGAUGACUCCACCAGAAUGCCCAGAAUUUCAGGGACUAGUAUUACCAUCAGAGCAGCUUAGA